CUUCUCCGUUCCCCUAAAAAAAACAAAAAAAAAGACCAUCUUUUCUCCGUGAGCUCUUCUCGCUCGCCACCGCCGCCUCAGCUUCCGCCUCCGCCUUCGGCUCCCUUAGCCAUGGCGGCUGCUGCUGUGCCUGGGGCUUCCAAGGUCGGGCCUCUUGAGGAGAAUGACGAGAAUAGCAAGCUGUUUCCAGUGAGCGAGCUGGGGUUGUUGGCGUUUCUGAAGGCCGUGUCAGAUGCAUCUGUUAGUGGAAUUACAAUGCUCAAUGUACACAGUGCCGUUUGCGUUAUUUUCUGGGCAAAAACUCCUGUGAACGCCGUACUGAAGGCUGCAAUGGUUGGACUUCCAUUCUCGGUUUUCCCGAUUUUACUACUCACACGCAGCAUCAUGAAGCUGGUUGUGCAAGGUGGUUGCAAUCUGGAUAUGGGUGCCACGCUCGUGCUUCUGGAAUUUAUAUACUUUGGUGUUGAAGUCCAUUCAUGUCUGUUGUGUUGGUUCUGUGUCUUUAAAAUGGAUAAAUUUGGGAGUAACGUGUUGAACUGGUUGCUACGGAAGUUUAUUGAGCUAACCUGGUACUUGUAUGAAUUUGGAUGAAUUUUGCUGGAUGAGAGAUUGUUGCAAUGCUUUGGAAGCAAAUGUAUGUUAGGGAUAGCGGCAAAGUUAUU